AAUUAGUAGUUUCUUUUGCUCUUCCGCAAAUCUUAGGCUGUCACCUGCAUGGCUGUAAGGCUUUUAUAUUUACCUUUGUAAAGUUUACACGAGUAUUCCGUUGCUCCGUUUCUUUUUCUCUCACUGUGAUAAUCCCCCACCACCAAAGAAUCUGCUGAUUCUUCUCACUCUCACUCUCCCCCUCUCUCUCUCUCUCUCUCUCCACCGACCCUCUCCCCACUUCCGCCUGUUUCUUUUAUCAUCAUCAACACACAGAUCGUUCAAGGUUUGGAAGGCUUGUUCCUAACGCAGGGAGUGGAUUUUGAUCGAAACCCACCUCAAGAGAUCCACAUUUGGUAGUAUUCUUGGUAUUUUGCUCUAACUGACGAGCAGGAAACUUGAUUAUCUUCAGGAAACCGGAACGACUACUUACGUCACUUAAGUCGUUGUGAAAGGUUUUGUGGUAGACUUGGCGUAUGCCUGGGAACAAGUCCAACGGGUACUCAGCAAUCCCCACUAGUAGAGUAGAAAGGCUCUUGAGAGAAAGGGAGCUAAGAAAGAGCAGCAGGGCUUCUCAGUCAAAUGAGGCUACUGAUAUUAGCAGGGGUACAGAGCUCUCUGAGCACGAAUUGCGAUUAAGAGAAGGGGAUAACUUUGGGGCUUACUAUGUAGAACAGUAUUUGGAAGGGGCCUUAGCUGCACGGGCUCUUGGUGAGGGAUGGGAAAGGCCAGAUGGGAGACCCUUCAGGCAAAGGCUGUUAGUGGUGGCCAACAGGCUGCCAGUUUCUGCAGUUAGGAGAAGCGAGGAGUCCUGGUCACUUGAGAUGAGCGCUGGGGGCUUAGUCACUGCUCUUCUUGGGGUAAAGGAAUUUGAGGCAAGAUGGAUUGGGUGGGCUGGUGUUAAUGUGCCAGAUGAGGCUGGACAGAGGACACUUACUAAAGCUUUGGCUGAAAAGAAAUGUAUUCCUGUGUUCCUGGAUGAAGAUAUUGUUCAUCAAUAUUAUAAUGGCUACUGCAACAACAUAUUAUGGCCUCUUUUUCAUUAUAUUGGACUUCCACAAGAAGAUCGCCUUGCCACUACCAGAAGCUUUCAGUCCCAGUUUGCUGCGUAUAAGAAAGCAAAUCAAAUGUUUGCUGAUGUGGUAAACCAGCAUUAUGAGGAGGGUGAUGUUGUUUGGUGCCAUGACUACCACCUCAUGUUCCUUCCAAAAUGCCUGAAGGAUUACAACAGCCAAAUGAAAGUUGGUUGGUUUCUUCACACACCCUUUCCUUCAUCAGAAAUACACAGGACACUGCCAUCUCGGUCAGAGCUUUUGCAUGCAGUUCUUGCUGCUGACCUGGUUGGUUUCCACACCUAUGACUAUGCUAGACAUUUUGUCAGUGCUUGCACUCGCAUUCUUGGGCUUGAAGGCACACCUGAAGGAGUAGAGGAUCAAGGAAGGCUGACUCGUGUGGCUGCGUUUCCUAUUGGAAUCGAUUCAGAUCGAUUUAUCCGCGCACUUGAGGUUCCUCAAGUCCAGGAACACAUCAAGGAACUAAAAGAAAGAUUCGCUGGGAGAAAGGUAAUGUUAGGUGUUGAUCGCCUUGAUAUGAUCAAAGGAAUUCCCCAAAAGAUACUGGCUUUUGAAAAGUUUCUCGAGGAAAACCCAACUUGGCGUGAUAAAGUUGUUUUGGUGCAAAUUGCUGUUCCAACAAGAACAGAUGUUCCUGAAUAUCAAAAACUUACAAGCCAGGUUCAUGAAAUUGUUGGACGCAUUAAUGGCAGAUUUGGUACUUUGUCUGCUGUUCCAAUACAUCAUCUGGAUCGUUCUCUUGACUUUUAUGGAUUGUGUGCACUCUAUGCUGUUACUGAUAUAGCACUUGUCACAUCUUUACGUGAUGGAAUGAAUCUCGUCAGCUAUGAAUUUGUGGCCUGCCAAGAUUCAAAGAAAGGGGUGCUCAUUCUUAGUGAAUUUGCUGGUGCUGCACAGUCACUGGGUGCUGGAGCAAUUCUUGUGAACCCCUGGAACAUAACCGAAGUUGCUGCUUCAAUUGGCCAAGCCUUGAAUAUGUCAGCCGAGGAAAGAGAGAAGCGGCAUCGGCAUAACUUUGUGCAUGUGACAAACCAUACUGCUCAAGAAUGGGCUGAAACUUUCGUAAGUGAACUGAAUGAUACUGUUGUUGAAGCUCAGCUAAGGAUAAGACAAGCUCCACCUCCACUCCCAGUCAACCAUGCAAUCGAACAUUACAUGCAAUCUAGCAAUAGAUUGCUUAUACUGGGAUUCAAUGCGACUUUAACUGAAGCAGUGGACACUCCGGGAAGAAGAGGAGGACAUCAGAUUAAAGAAAUGGAACCUAAAUUGCAUCCAGAUCUAAAAGAACCUCUAACAGCGCUCUGUAGUGAUCCGAAGACAACUGUUGUUGUCCUCAGUGGAAGUGGCAGAAAAGUCUUAGAUGAUAACUUUCGUGACUACAAUAUGUGGCUAGCAGCAGAGAAUGGGAUGUUUCUUCGCUUUACAAAGGGAGAAUGGAUGACAACAAUGCCAGAGCAUUUAACUAUGGAAUGGGUAGAUAGUGUUAAGCAUGUUUUCGAGUAUUUUACGGAUAGAACACCCCGAUCCCAUUUCGAACCACGCGAAACUUCACUUGUAUGGAAUUAUAAGUAUGCAGAUGUCGAAUUUGGGAGACUGCAAGCCAGGGAUAUGCUACAGCAUCUUUGGACUGGCCCAAUUUCAAAUGCAUCUGUUGAUGUUGUGCAAGGUAGCCGUUCUGUGGAGGUGCGAGCAGUUGGUGUAACAAAGGGAGCGGCAAUUGAUCGGAUAUUGGGAGAGAUAGUUCACAGUCAAUCCAUUUCUACUCCAAUAGAUUACGUCCUAUGCCUUGGACAUUUUCUAGGCAAGGAUGAAGAUGUGUACACAUUUUUUGAGCCAGAGCUUCCUUCUGACACAGUAGGUAUGCCAAGAACCAAGGUAACUGAUGCAUUCAAGAUACCGGGGGAGAGAAGGCCCCCUCUGAAGCUUCAAGCUGCUACUAACAAAAGUGGCUCCAAAUCAUCAUCUCACUCUCAUAGUAAUAAGGCUCGAGUACCGCAGGUGCAGCCAAAUGGUGCUGAGAAGAAAGCCAACAACAAUCAUAUCUGUGGAAGUGGGAAUUGGCGGCGGCCCUCGCUGCCGGAAAAGACUUCUUGGAACGUGCUUGAUCUCAAGGGGGAGAAUUACUUCUCUUGUUCUGUUGGGAGGACUCGAACCAAUGCUCGGUAUGUACUUGGAUCAUGCGACGAAGUCGUCGCCUUUCUCAAGGAACUUGCUGAGGCAUCACCAUCAUCUGUCUCAAACUGAUCAGCAAAACACCACUCAGCAUUUUGCUUCAUGAUUUCGUAUUAACCUAGUUGACUGCCUUGUUCUCACAUUUUCUGUAGACAUAUUUGAUCAACAAUUCAUAGUGCUAUUAGAAAUGUGUUGUAGAUAAAUCGUUUGAACUUUGAACAUCGAUGUUUGUCGCUCGAGAUUCCUUUUCUGGUAUAUAAUCCAUCAAAUUCGGUUCUAUUGAA